AUGGUGUCGGAGAAGCACGACGAAUUGGAAGUAAUUACUUCCAGUAUACCUUCAACUCCACCCAAUGAGAUCAAUCACAAUGUUUCGCAAAAUGAAUAUCACGCCAAACUCGAAAAAAGAGUUAUGCAAAAGAUAGAUUUCUGGCUCGUGGGCUUUUACUCCUUUGUAUACAUCUUCCGAGUCAUUGAUUCCAGCAAUUACUCCAAUGCCGCGAUUAUCAACCUAGAAGCCGGCACUGGAAUCAAGAAAGAGCUCAAUUUCUCCCCCUCACAAUGGGCCUGGACACAAUCUAUCUUUUCCUACAGCUAUCUAUUUUUCGAGCCUACCAACACCAUUCUUCUCAAACGCGUCACGCCCUCAAGAUGGAUGUUCGUCCUGAUCUUGUCUUGGGGUAUCUGCGCCUGUGCUGCUGGUGCUGCACAGAACUUUCCGGGGAUGAUGUGUGUACGAUUUGCAAUUGGAUUAGCUGAAGCCGGGUUCUACCCUUCUGUGCUUUACCAUAUGGCAUUCUGGUACAAGCCAUCUGAGCUGCUAUGGAGAAUUGCUCUUUUCUACUCUCUUGGUCAAGUGUCUGGCGCAUUAAGUGGGCUUCUGGCAUACGCCAUCAGCUUUAUGGAUGGAGCUGGUGGACUAUCAGGCUGGCGAUGGCUGUUUAUUAUCGAAGGCCUUCCAGCAAUCGUGUUGUCUGUGGUGGCAUUAUUCGGUCUUCCGGACUACCCCGAAACUGCCCGGAUGUUGACAGAAGAGGAGAGAACUUUCCUCAAGGGCCGUCUGUCCUCUUCAGCGCCCUCUGGAAAAGACAAAAACUGGAGUUGGGGGGAUUUAAAAGCGCUCCUCUCAAGUCCAACGUUCUACACCUUCACGGUCUACUGGAUUGGACAUGGUAUUGGUGGGUUUGGUGUGAAUUACGCUUUGCCUACUGUCAUCUACGAGCUUGGAUUUACUACGACCGCUUUAUCGCAGCUGAUGAAUAUUCCUCCCUACGUCGCAUGCUUUUUCUUCUUGAAUAUCCUCGGGUAUUUACUACACAAAGGAUGGAUCAGACCCUGGACCACCGCUGUCGCAAUCUCAAACUCAAUUGUCAAAUACUUCGCUUUAAUUGUAUCCACUGCCUGUGCUGGAUCUGCAUACCCUGUCAUCUGGCCAGAACGUAUUCGUGCGCUCGAGGGCACAGUGGCCGUGGGGAUGGGUAUUGGGCUGACGAAUGCCAUGGCUCAGUUUAGCGGUAUUGCUGGACCUCAUAUAUACGAUACGGUGUUUGGACCGACGUAUCGAGUGUCGUAUGUUAUCUGUCUUUGCUUCUUGUGUGCGGCUAUCUCCGGGAUUCUGGCUUCAUGGUGGCUUGUGUGGCGGAAGGAUAAAAAGAAUGAAUUAGAGACUGGGAUUGAAGAACAUGCAUGA